AUGGCCCCAAAAAAGAAAAAUCGUGGCAAUAAAUUAGCAAGAAUGACCGAAGAGGAAAAAUUACGAUACCUACAACAUAAAGCUGCCAUGGAAGAGGAAGCUCAAAGAAGGAAACAGGAAUUGGUGGCAACGUUUCUAAAGACAAAAAUGAUCCACGAAGAAGCAUUUGCUCGUUUAAAUUCAGCUAAAAUUAAUCAACAAUGGAGACACAUUCUGCGACAGAUCAAAUGCAAAGAACUCAAAGAAGACAUGGAAACGAUGAAACAACGUUUCGAGAUCAGCCUAGAAUGCAAAAACAAAGUCAUCGAAAACCUUUUGAACGAUUUUCAAGACGCAGAAUUCCAAUACUCGUUACAAUACCAAACACAGAUGGAAAUAAUUCUCAAAUUAUUAGAUCUUCAUCGAAGCAGAUUAUCCGAUCUCCAAUCUUGGUACACGAAUCAAGUUAAAGAAAUCGUCCACACUGAUUUGACUCAGCGAACCAAACUCACACAAGAAUUCCAAACACAGAUGGAUAAAUUGCAAACAAUGUACGAUGUUUCUAGACAAAAAUCUGAUACACGAACUCUAGAUUUGAAGACAACGUUCAGAUCGAAUAAGAACGAGCUUCAGACCAAACUACUUUACACGAUGGUCAAAAUGGAAGAAAAAUACACCGAUGAAAUCCGUAAAACGAAAACACAACUAAAAGAGAUUCUACAAACUCACAGCGAUUCGACCGAUACGAAAAAAGCACAUUAUAACAUUUUGGCAAACAAAGACGACGCAGAUACCGCCAAAAUCGUCGCCAACUUCGAACAAAUAUCUAAACUCACCGAUACGAUCAAAGACUUGAAUUCCAAGCAUAAAACACUUCUUGAGACUAAUGAAAAUCACACCAAACACUUGAAAUCGAAAAAGCAAUCCGUUAGAAAACAGCAUGGGAAAUUUCGCGAACAAAACGAACAUAUUUUAGCUCAAGAUACCGAAAAGCUCAAGCUUUUGACCGAAAUUAGCAACAGGUGUAUUAAAAAUUUGAAAGAUAAAUUCAAAAAACAAGUCGCAUUACUUCAAAUGAAGGAUGUCAGUCGAACACUGCAACUUCAAGCGAACAAUGAACAAACGAUUGAAUCAAGUCCGCCAUUUUGUCUGGAAAUGCCUGAAAUGGAAGAUGAUUCAAAGGAUCCAUUAUCGUAUUCAAAAUAUCGUUCGUUCUGGAAACGUUUCAAUAAUGUGAAGAUGGAUUACGAAUUAUUAAAAAAACAGAAACAAGAAUUAAUUACAAAGAAUAAAAGUCUGAAAAAAUCGUUAGAAACUUAUAUGAUCUCAGUUCGCAGAUCGUCUUCGGUUCCACGAAAAUGCGGAAUAUAGAUCAUUCUUACGAUUACCGACGCGGCGAUUUUCGAACUCAAGUAGACUAAUAAUACGACAUCGACAUAGGUAUUAAAUUACUGUUCACACAAAUGAAUAAAAUAAUCAAAACUUAA